AUGGGCAAGAAAAUACGGGAGCCUUCCUCUUCACGUUUCAUACAGAUAAAACCUCUGUCUCUGCCCCCCUCAGCUGAAGUUGCUUCCGCCUCUGAACCACCAAACCCACCGGCUGAAUCACUAGACCCUGUGAUCUUUAGGGAAGGCUCGCAGAUUCAGGAGGCAAUGAAGCGUGGAAACUACUUCAAGGCCUUCCAGAUGGUCAAGAAAUCAGUUUGUUGUCACCAAGACUCGCCUCACUUUUUCAACCUUAUUGCUGUAGCUCUCCAGUUUCUUGCUAAAACAGCGGCCAAAGAUUCAAAGGAAAUGGUCGAUUACUUAGAUAAGGCAUAUCAGUCGGUUCAAUUCGCCGUGAUGUCGAUGCCGCAUUCCAUCCAUUUUGCUUCGUGUGAAGUUGCUAUUCUCUAUCUAAAAGCUUUGUUCAAUGCUAAAUAUUGGGCCAAAGCGAUUCAAAUUUGCAACAGCGCUUUAAAUUUAAAGAUUGAGAAUUUAACCGAUCCGGGAGUGGAUAAGUUUCUUCAGGAGAAUGAAAUGGGGAAUUCGAGUAAAGAACUGAGAAUUGAGAAUGAGAGGAGGAUGAUUAGUCAGUAUUUACAUCUUUGUAAGGAUGAGAAGAAGCUUACGGGUAUGAAGGUUCAAGUGGAAAAGGCUAAUAAGAAGAUUGUAGAAAAUGCAGAUGGUACAUUACAGGAGAUGGUGACAGAACUAGAGAGGAUCAGGAAGAAGCUCGAAGCAGUCAUAGAAAAUUGGCGCACUUUUAAGCAGAUAAAGACUCAAUAUGGUAUGGAGAAGUACUAUGAUGGUAAUGAAGAAAAGAAAGAGAAAUAUAAGUCAUUUUGGGGAGCAUUGAGUGAAGUGAAGAAAACGGAUUUCUGUAAAGUGAGUAUCAAAGACCUUGAAAGGCAUUCAAAGUCGAUAAAUUGUCAUUUGGCGGGGAAUGUUUUCAGGGAAGCUAUUGAAUUUGCAAAGGAGCACAAAACCUGGAAAUGCUGGGAGUGUUGUGAUUGUGACAAGAAAUUUGGUGAUUUGGAGUUGUAUAGGAAGCAUUUCAGGGAGUUGCAUUUGAAGAAUCUUGAUGGUAUUAAACUGCAAUCUUGGAUUUCCUGUGAAGUGAUUGAGUUGAUUGAGAAUAGGGAGUGGAAGCCUUUAGAUGCUAAAUGGGGGAUAAUGACUAUUAUGAAUAAGAUUAAAUCUGAAUCUUUUAGUUCUUCUGAUAUCUGCCUAACAGUGCAGGAUUUUGUUUACAUUACAAUUGAUGAGAAUGAAUCAUCUAGCACAUCCGAGGAACAUCAGAAAUGGCAAUUUGAUGACGAUACAUGUGCAGCGAUUCUCAAUAGUGUUCAGUGGAUGUUUCACUUGCUUCUCGAGAAGGAAUGUCUUGCACCAACAUUUCUUCAUUGGGCAAUACAAUAUACGGUUGAAAAGUUUGAGGAUCUACUUCCAUUUUCUCGGUGUCUUGAGUUGGAAUCCAUUAUGAUCAUCUGCCUUUUGGGAGCUGUAGAGCUGAGACAGGUUCAUGAAUUCUUGAAGGAUCUAGCAGAAACUUGUGGUUUAAUGGAAUAUCAAGAGACAGGUAGCACUACAGAUGAUAAACUUUUAAUUAUAAAUCCUGAAUUGGUUAUUUUUGAUACAGUGUUUGAUUUCAAACAGAGGGUUGAAAUUAGUGAUGACUUAACAAGUCUCCUUUUGGAUGUGAGAUUCUUGGCAGAAGAGCUUAAUCUUACUAAUGAUUUUGAAGAUGUUGUAGAUAAUAAUUCUGCAGUAACUUUUGAUGCCAUUGUAUGUGAAAACGAGAUUGUUCCUGAAAGUGUUGACUUUGUAUCAUGGUUAUAUGAAGCCCAACAAUCCAGUUUGUUAUGA